AUGUUUAACCCCUGCACGGUAAGAAAUAAACGCUCGACUUUACGAGAUAUUGCCCCAAAAGAGAGCAAUACUUCUGUUCCUAGAAUACCUUUACCGGCCUCAAGGUUCAAAACAAAACAUAUAGAUGCUCUUUGCGCGCUGAUGCAUCUUUCUUUGUUGCGGGAAGAUUACAAUCGAGCAUAUCAUGCCUUCUCUCUUUUGUUGCGAUCAAAAGGUGUAGACAUGUCUAAAAUGUGGAACAUCGGUUUGGAGAUAUUGAACCAAAUUAAACCUGAUGAUUCGACAGAAUAUAUGGAGCGUCUCAUCGCUCGUUUUCCUGCGAACCCAAAUAAAAAUCGUACACAACGUUCCUUGACAUCUGAACAAUUUUAUCCCGCAUACAUUUUACUAUUGAUUCAGAGACAGGAAUACCAAAGAGCGAUGAACUCCUUGGAUGAAUAUAUGCUUUCUCCGCCGUUUAAUCAAAAUAAAGCUCUAUAUGAAUACUCUGGAAUGCUUUGUCUUGAACUCGCCAAAAAUGAAACUUCAGAUCAUGAGCGAGACCAAUGGCUUCAGAAAGCAAAGCAAAAUCUUCAUGAUGCGGGUGUCUCUCUGAAUGUUUGA